CCACCUUCUUCUUUCUCCUCUCCCCCGAUUCCUCUUAGCUCGCCCGCCCUCGCCCAGUCGCCCGAACCCCAGCCCCUCUUUCUCCUUGUCCUUCCCCCCGAUUCCUCCGCCGCUUCUUAAUUCUUCCCCUCUGUCCCUGGCUUUCCUCGCUCUCUCCCUCCUCCCUGCUACCAUCCUGACAUCGCCGGAAUCCGCCGCUCAACCGAACGCCGAACCGAUCCCCUUUCCCUCUCCUUCUUCUCCGAUCUCUCCUCCGCCUCAUCUUUCUCUUCUCGCUGCCGCCCUGAUCGAGCCGGCCUUCCUCUAAUCCGCCGGACUUGCCACCACUGCCCUCACCGAGUCUUGCGACGGCGUCUUUCCUUUUGCUUCGCUUGCGUGCGCUGCCCUAACGGAUCCAGGGCCUCCUCCCCUUUGUGUGUGAGAGAGAGGAGGCAGCGAGAUGGGCGGUGCGGCGUUUCGAUGGGUGCUUCAGCUUCACAGGGACGUACCCAAGGCCGCUCGAUUCUACUCGGAAGGUUUGGAUUUCAGCAUUAACGUCUGCACUCUCCGUUGGGCCGAGCUCCAAAAUGGCCCUCUAAAGCUUGCCCUCAUGCACUUCCCCACCAGUGAUUUUCCCAUGCAGAAAGGUUACUCCUCUAUGCUGUCCUUCACAGUAGCAGACAUAAACAGCACGGUGACAAAACUAAUGACUUUAGGAGCUGAGUUGGAUGGUCCCAUUAAAUAUGAGAUCCAUGGGAAGGUGGCAGCCUUGCAUUGCCUCGAUGGGCAUACUUUGGGUCUCUAUGAACCUGCAUGACAGUUUUGACAAAUUUUAUUUUGCGCAGUCUAAAAGCAGAUCAAAGUUCUGAUACAGUAUAAAAUUUUAGAGUUCUCAGCAGCAAUCAGAUAGUUCUGAUACAGUCUAAAAUUUUAGAGUCCUCAGCAGCAAUCAGAUACAUAAUUUCAUUUUCGCUGGCAAGAUCUUCUUCUACCAGAGUAGUGGAAAGAGCAUAAGAUGCAAUCCUUUCUUUGAAUUGCCUUCAAAGAGUGUAUAAGUGUUGGACCUGACAAUUUUGUCGAUCAAAUGGGUUGGAGUAAACUGAAUAAAAUGGAACAGAGGACACACAUAAAGAGUUCUAUUUUUAGGGAGGGUCCCAAACUGAGUCACCUGUCAUGUACAUGGGAUAUUUCUUAUCCACAGAAUCUCCAAGAAUUGCGAGUGCUUUUGCUUUUGAAUCUGCUGAAAGUUGAGCUGCUCUGUUCUGUCUGCUGAUGGAGUUCUCAUCUUGUACCUUCACUGGAAAACAAUAAUUUGAAUUUAAUGGAGAGCACUGUUUUUGCAUUUCACUCUUAAAUUUUGUGAUGCACCCAUCUCUAAUUUUUAAUAACUUGUCUCUCUGCGUCAAAUUUUUCCUAGUCUGUGUCUAGAUUUCUAUAAUCUAUGGUUCUCCUGCUGUACUUCUAGGGGUUAGUACAUGUUUGUUUGCAUCUCGCCCGACCUCAAGAACUGAACAGUGGUUGCCAGAUGCUGUUUCAACAUUUAAAAUCUUGCAACUCCUAACAUCGACCAAAGUAUAGCUCUGUCCAAACUGAAGCAUUGGAUGGGCGAAUUCUCUGGAGUCCAUGCCAGCAUCAUGAUUUCCUCUAGGGUUGGAGAUACUGAAUUAAAUGUGAAUGCCUGAUAGGUCCACAUGGGCAGCCAUCUUCUUCAGCAUUUUGGUGACUGGUGAAAAGCCUUGAGAGUUACAAAUGAAAGAUCUUACGAAGCCGCAGCUGUUGAUGCCAAAUGCACAAUUGGAAGCUCUCCAGCGUGUGUAAGCGGUGAAUGAUACUCCAUUUGGUAUUGUGGCCCUCACCAAAUAGCUGCAGCCCUUAGAAGUUCAAACAAUGGCAGUGGAGUCAUUUACGACAAGAACAUCUGAAACAGUCAUCAUCAUGACUUCUUCUGGAAUGGCUUCUUUGGAAGAAAGGGAAGUAUUCCCUUCCUAAAAAUUAGCAAUAUUAUCUGCCCAAAGACAUUAGCUUAACUUAUUAUAGCAUCUGUUCUGCUACUACUGUUUGGAAAUUUUAGAAAUGGACAAUGAAUCCAAAGCCAAGGUGAAGUAGAAACAACACAUGGAGAAUAGGGAUGCCGCUCUCUUCAUCUGUUCCUACAGUUCAUCUCAGUGUCUUGGAAACCACUGCCUAUAAGCAGUGCAGGGUCUUCAAGUAGUGGCUGAGCCUCUCGGGUGCGAGAGAGAGAGAAUAGCUGCUGUUGAAGGAUGAGAUCAGUGGCAACCCUGCUCCGAAUCAGAUUUGAGAAUCUCUGCCCUAUGAAGGAACGCAUUUGGUUGGCUUCUUCACACAGCCUGACAUCUAAGAGCUCCAAUUUUAUCUCACCUGAAGCAUCCAUCAGCAACCUCACCCUCAAGUAGUUGAUCCACCUUGUAUUUUAUGCUUCAGCUCUAUUUGCAAUUGGUUGUCCCUGCAGCGCCCUUCAUGCAUCUGCGCCAGACUUACAUGUGCCGGGCCGCUAUAAUUGGAUCAGUUGCUGGCACAGACCAUUUCUAGAGAAUCUAUUGCCAGUUUCGUUCUUGAAAAUGGUACAAUUCUGCUGCUGAAAUGUAAUCUAUUGUUGUUACUGUGUUGAACAACUGAAAAUUUGUUGCCAAUUCAGGUCAUAGUUUCAUUAAAAUGAAUGCCACCAUA